GAAAGAUCAUAAACAAAAGAGAAAAAAUUAGCUAAAGGGUGGUGGAAUUGAAGAAGUAGCACCAGGCUUCAUAAAAAUCAAUUCAAUUCAUACACGUGGAUUUCUGUCCCCAACAAUUUGACUUUGACGAGUCUAUGUGCCUUUACCUUCUCUCGGCUACCCUCUCCAAUUCGAGAACUAUACACAAAUUACAGUUUUACAGACGGAGGAGAAGGAAUCGAGCGAGCGAAAAUCAGCCGAUUGACUGCGUGCGUGAAGGGGAGAUAUGGGAGUAGCGUCGCUGGAAUCGCUGCCUCUAGGUUUUAGAUUCAGGCCCACCGACGAAGAGCUCAUCAACCACUACCUAAGGCUCAAGAUCAACGGCCGUCAUUCCGACGUCCAGGUUAUCCCCGAAGUCGACGUCUGUAAAUGGGAGCCCUGGGAUUUACCCCGACUGUCGGUGAUAAAGACAGAAGACCCGGAGUGGUUCUUCUUCUGCCCGCGUGAUCGCAAGUACCCAAAUGGGCAGCGGUCCAACAGAGCCACGGAUGCCGGCUAUUGGAAAGCAACCGGCAAGGACCGUACCAUAAAGUCCCGCAACUGCAAGUCAGCGUCCAACACCAACGGCUUGAUUGGGAUGAAGAAGACAUUGGUCUUCUACAGAGGCCGCGCUCCUAAGGGGGAGCGCACCCACUGGAUCAUGCACGAGUACCGUCCCACUCUCAAGGACCUCGAUGGUACCGCCCCCGGUCAGAGCCCAUUUGUUCUGUGUCGCCUGUUCCGAAAGCCAGAAGACAAGUCUGAUGCACUCAAGUACGAUGAGGUAGACCAAACUGGAUUGUCUCCUACCGCAACCAAGUCUUCUCCCGAUGAUACCUCCUCUGAUCUUCUUCAAGAGACUGCAACAUCUGACAUGCAAUGUGAGCAAUCCCAAGGGAUAAAGAGCUGGUUAACUGAUAAUUUGGAUACCAUCACACCAAUUGCUAGACACGUUGAGAGCUGCAGCAACAGUUAUAUGGCUUCUGAUGUGGAAGACCAUGUCGCAGAAGAAACUCCGUUACAGGUUGAAACAGAGCUGAUACCCCGUGUGAAUUCACCUUUUGCCUGUGACUUUGGCAAUGACAACAAUGGAAUGCAUUUCCUGGAUGGUACCGGUGAACAAGAUGUAUCUCUCACAGAGUUGUUGGAUGAGGUCUUCCAUAAUAAUGAUGAUUUCUUCUGUGAAGAGUCAACCAACGUUAAGAACUCCGUUGUCGCAAGUGGACAAUCAUGUACGCUAUACAACAUCCCACCAGGAAGUUCACGUCUUAAUGGUGCAUGCAGUGACUUGAACACUGAAAUGGCCCAGCAUGAUCUGGAUAUCAGAGCUUCAGGGUGGCAUAACGAGCCAGUGGAUACCAAAGACAUGUUGCAGAUUCAAACACUAUUUGGAUCAUCUCAAGCUGAUGUGGCACAUGUUGACCGUGAAGUUAGUUUGGGAAAUAAUAGUGACCUCAGGGAUAAUUUUUUUGGACAAGGUUCCUUCAGUGGUGACUCUGCUUUGGGUUCGGCCAAUGGCAUGUCCAACAGCUUGGAAGAAGCAACCAGUAGGAAGUAUCCUGUUGGCUACAGUGGUAAUCAUGCUGGUGGAACAGGAAUUAAAAUCAGGACCCGUCAACCUCAACGACAACCAAUUUUGGACAACUUUGUCAGUCAAGGCACUGCUCCUAGAAGAAUUCGUUUACUGAUGAAUUCUUCCCCUGGGUCAAUCCUCAAUGUCAAUGUGAGGGAUUCAAACCAAAGAAAAGAAGAAGAAGAAGUACAAUCAACUGAUACAGAGGCUAGAGAAGUGACUGAGCAGGAGGAGUUUGUUAUGUCUAACAAUGAGGAAGAAUCAAUGAAUAGGGACGAUCCUGGUGAUAUUGCUUAUGGCAAUGCAAUCAAGAUUAGGACUCGUUUUCCCCAACAACCACCGAAUUCAGAUAAUUUUGGAGCACAGGGCGUUGCUCCAAGAAGAAUACGUCUACAAAUGAAUACUUUGCCUAGGUCAGUGGUCAAUGAUGAUGUGAGAGAUGUGAAGCAGAACAAACAAGAAUACGGAAUACGGCAAUCAGCUGUUACUGAGGUAAAGAUCACUGGUAAUGUUAAACCUAGAAUCUUUAAUGAAGCUGUUACUGAGGCUAGAGAAGAAGGCACAGAGGAAGGAUCCAACUUUAAUGAGCAGGAGAAAAACUAUGAUUUGAUCAAGAGCAAGGAAGAAGCGGCCAGUAAGAAGAAAAUUAUAAACUACGAUGGUGGUCAUGAUGGAGAACUUAUACAACCGAAUUUGGACGAUAAUAUGAAUCCAGGCACUGCUCCGGGCAAUGGCAAUGUGAUAAAUGAAAACUGCGGGCGAAAAGAAGAUGAAGUGCAAUCAACUAUUUAUGAUGGCAUAGAAACUACAGAGCCGAGCUCAAACUCUGAUGGACCGGACGAAGAAAGCCAUUUUGUGAAGUUGGAUACAAGCUUGAAAAUCGAACCAAGCAGGGAGGUUUCUGAAGAAUCUUAUAGGAAACUGAGGUUAAGAGCAAAGGGGCAUAAUAUAUUAAUUAAAAGCAGUAAAAUGCAGGAGGCGACAGUGUCAUUGUUUUUGAAUUCAUCUCCUCCUCGACAUUCAAUUUUUUCGGUAGGAGUAUUAACUAUAGCUGUUGUAAUUAUAGCUGUUGUAAUUCUGUUGGUAGUUUCCACUGGCUUAUGGAAAGCACUAGAUAUAGAUAUCGGUGCUGGAGCUAUAGGCGUGUAAAUUGCAUUUUCGAUAUGUACAUGUACAUGUCCCUGUUUUCUAAAAUGUGGAGCUGUUAAAAAUAUCUUUUUAGCUGUUCACAAUCAACAUCUUGGGCGAUACCAGGUGCUAUGUACAAUAGCCAGCUAUUUACGAACAGUAAAUGUAUUCGAAUGUUUUUUUUAUUAUUAUUUAUUAUUUGAAGUUGUUAUUUGCAUAUCUGGAAUAAAGAAUGGGAAAAAUAUAGGCUUUUUUAUUUUUUUGGGUAAGCAUUCAUUCAACUGGCUGCUGAGACAUUCAACUAGCAAUAGUGAAUUGUAAAUUUGUGAUGCAUCCAAAUUAAUGAUACUGCCAAGUGCCAACCCAGUGGGACGGACGGCUGUAUUAUUGAUUGUGCACCUGGGGGAGCAUCAGAAAUGAGCUCACCAGUAGCAUGGGUGGAUAAAUGUAUUACGUGGCUAAACAAACAAAUAUAAUAAUAAGAAGAUAAGGGAGAGCCGAGGGGAAGGGACAGAGAGAGAAUUAAUUAAUUAUUUAUUCUGUUUAUUUUAAAAAAGAAAAAGGGAAACGAUAGAGAAAGAGAUAAUGUGUUGGUAAAUCAAAAGGGGGUCGCGUGGUGGGGAUGGCCACGUGGAAGCUGGGCGGCAAGCACACUGGAAGCACAAUUAAAAAAAUAAUAUCUACUGAUAGAUAUAUAUUGAUGGGGGGCGGGCGCCGUGGUAAAUCAGAGCCCACAGCAAGUACUUGCUUUGCUAGUAGUUUCUAGUUCCUACGUCCCACCAAUUUCAGUUCAAGAAUCUAAAAGAUUGUAGAAGAGGGCUUGGAGGUUUGGAUGUUUCAUAUUUAUUUAUUUAUAUGGGUGGGAUUGGAUGGUAUAUGAAAUUGAGAUUUAAAUAAACAGAUCAAAGAAGAAAAAUAAAAAACAGACAAACAAGAAGGAGAUCAGAUGAUACUGGUGGCAAUAAUGGCGGAACUACUGGAGGAAUAUACGGCUUUGCUAGCGAGGAUGCUGGAGCAUAUGUUCCAAUCGGCGCCUUUUCCAGGGAGUGGAUAUUGAUGUUCUGGAUCUAUGGAAUUCCGAUCAAUUUCUAACAUAUAUAUGAUUCUGCAAAUUGCUAUAA